GUUACAUUUUAAGUGACAAAUAAUGAAUACAAAUGAAGGUAAUUCACAAAAUGAUAGCACUGUUCAUUUUCAGAAGGAAAAAUCCUCGCGUCGCAGGCGCAAAAAAGAAACACAAAUAAAAACAUCCGGAGACCCUGAAAAAAAGAAUAACGAAGGGCAAACGCAUGAUCGCGUCAGUGAGAAUAUAGAGUAUAGAGGGCAUAUUUAUACGCGUCACAACUAUUUCGAGGACAAAAAACGUAAGAUCGACUUUGUGCUGGUCAGCAGCGUGGUAAAAAGCAACAACGAGCUGGAAAUGCUUGUUACUUACAUCUUCAACCUUACGCUACAGGGUGUCGAAUAUGAAAUUAGUCCUGGCAAAGCGCGUGAAGAUUUAGUCUUCAUUAAACUCCACUGCCCGGUGCCAGUGUUACAACAUAAUGCAAACAUUUACAAUAUAAUGUUUGACUGUCAGAAUCCCCGUGCGAUGCCCACCGUCGAACAUGCAUGGUUUCAUUGGAAAAUCUUCAACAACAUCACAACCCAACCGAAUCCUUUACAUCGUGAUUACGUACGAGCAAUUUCUAGUUUAUCACCAACAAAACAAAGAGGAAUUACCAGCUGGGAGAGGUCGCUCAUCAUGGAAAAAAUCCUCACGAAAACAAAAUUUGGCCCACUACCAAAAAAUACUGGAAUCAAAAAUUUGCGCGCCGCGAAUGUUCUUGUCGAUGCUUUUCCAAUGCAUGACGGGCCAUGGGAGUGGCGUGUACAUGGUCCUUUGACAGAUAGACAACUGUUGAGUAAAUACUGGGCCAGCUUCAGUUGCAUCUUCAAAAAUCAACCAAUACGCUUGAUUUAUAAGUAUUACGGACCCGAAGUGGCGUUUUAUUUCGCCUUUGUAGAUUACUACACCAAGAUGCUGGCAAUACCGGCAUUUAUUGGUAUACUCUGCUUCAUCUACAACUGGUUAUAUUGCCUGUACCAGGAUCACGAUCGAAUAACAGAAGUUUGCUCGUCAACCAUCGUCCUCUGUCCACACUGUUACAGUCCAAAGCAGUGCGAUUUUAGUCCUGUAUCUGAUAAUUGUUAUGCCGCGCAUUACAACGUGCUAUUCGAUAAUGUUGUCAGUAUUGGAUUUGCUAUAUUUUGUUCGAUGUGGGCGACGAUUUUCCUGGGGUUGUGGUUGCGCAGAGAGUUUGUAUUUAAGUUUCAUUGGAACUUGUUAAACACUCAGUUGGAUAUGAGACAAAGGAUAGAAUUUACGCACAAGGCGAAAUACACACGCAUUUCAUCUAUAAGCGGGGAACGCGUCAACUACAUGCCGUUUCAUAUAAAGUUCUUUAAAUAUACGCUAACUGUAAUAUGUUUAACACUGAUGUUAGCUAUAAUGUUCGUUUGCUUGGGGAUUGUUGUAUACACAAGUAUAUACAUUCGACGACUUAUCAAACAGUCGCAAUUUGAAGAAUUGCAAAAAUAUAAUGAUUUAGUGGCAAUUACAAUCAAUGCGAUUCAAUCUAUCAUUUUUAUUCACCUUCUAACUCCAGUAAGUCAAUUAGUAUUCAUGGCCCUUAAAUAUCAAUGUCUAAAAAUCACCCGUUUUUUAACAAACGAAGAAAAUCCGACGUCCAUGCUGGAUUUUUACAACAGUUGCGCUUAUAAGUUUUACAUAUUGUCGUUUUUUAACAAUUACAUUCCGAUAUUUUACGUUGCUCUCAUAAAAGGUGCUAUAUUCACGCAUCCGGCAGACUUGGAUAAUUACAAGCUGUUUGGAUGGAGGACAGAUGUUUGCACAGCUGUGGGCUGUUCGUUUGGGCUCACAAUCUUCUUGUUGUAUUUUAUGGGCUCCAAACUGUUAAUUGUCCAAACAUUUCAACUUGUUAAGAUAUAUUUCAAGAAAUUAUUCUCCAAACGGAAUUUACACCAGAAAAAGCAAUCAUUGCCAUCAUGGGAGCGGAACUAUACGCUCAAGCAAUGCGGCGAACUAUUUCUAAUGACCGAUUUUAUGAAUUUAGUUAUUCAGUAUGGUUUUGUGAUAUUUUUUAUUGUUGGUUUACCGCUAUCGCCACUCGUGGCAAUGAUUUCGAAUAUUAUUCAAAUUCGUUUAGACGCUAGAAGAAUUUUAAGGACUUAUCGACGCCCAGUGGCAAAAGUACUGCCAGGAAUUGGUUCUUGGAAUAGUAUAUUGAGAUUGGUAACGUUCGUAGGCGCAAUGACUAAUGCGGCAGUGAUUGCAUUUACAUCGGAUUUAAUAGAUAUGGAGGUCUAUCGACUUUCGCAUCAUUCAAUACGCGGAUUUAUAAAUAGCACGUUUUCAACUUUUGCCGUUAAGGAUUAUCCCUCACUCUUCAAUAGUUUGUUAAAAGAAAACAGUCCGAUUAUCUCAUGCGUAUACAAAGCCCGCCGAAAUCCGCCACAAGAUGAAAAGAAGUAUGAGUUUAGUGAUGAGCACUGGAAACUGUUAUGCUUUAAACUUGGAUUUAUGCUGAUAUUUCAACAAAUGCUUUGGUUGUUGGCGGCAUUUUGCUCAAACGCAAUCAAUCCCGUACCGGACGAAGUACUAGAAGAACUCACAGAUGAAGCCUUAAAGAUUCGCGAAACUCGAUUUGAAACAAUCGAACAAAAUUUUUAUGGACCUAAAGUACGAUAUCACCAAACCCCCUUUGAGAUUGACUGAAAAGGGAAUACCGAGAAUACAAGUAAAUCGGCAGAUUAACUUUUAAAUAAUUAAAAACAACUUUUCUUUAAGUGUAAGAUUAACUUAUAGUAUUAAACUUAUUCACGCCAAAUUCUGUACAGAUCUAAGUAAAUGUACAUCACUUUACAUUAGAAUAUUUCUAAAAUUAAAUAAAUCAUCGAUUUACAUUC